UCCGCCGCUCCUCUCAAACCAUCCCGCCAUACACCACCACAGCCCCACUCUCAGAGAGCACGGACGCCGGACACGCACGAGUCUUCUUGAAGCAAUGGCGACCACCGCGAUGGCGCUCUCCCCCUCGUCCUUCGCCGGGAAGGCGGUCAAGGACCUGCCGUCGUCGGCGCUCUUCGGGGAGGCGCGCGUCACCAUGCGCAAGACCGCGGCCAAGGCCAAGCCGGUGUCGUCCGGCAGCCCGUGGUACGGGUCCGACCGCGUGCUCUACCUCGGCCCGCUCUCCGGCGACCCCCCGAGCUACCUCACCGGCGAGUUCCCCGGCGACUACGGGUGGGACACCGCGGGACUGUCGGCCGACCCCGAGACCUUCGCCAAGAACCGGGAGCUGGAGGUGAUCCACUGCCGGUGGGCCAUGCUGGGCGCACUCGGCUGCGUCUUCCCCGAGCUGCUCGCCCGCAACGGCGUCAAGUUCGGCGAGGCCGUGUGGUUCAAGGCCGGCUCCCAGAUCUUCAGCGAGGGCGGCCUCGACUACCUCGGCAACCCUAGCCUGGUCCACGCGCAGAGCAUCCUCGCCAUCUGGGCCUGCCAGGUCGUGCUCAUGGGCGCCGUCGAGGGGUACCGCGUCGCCGGCGGCCCGCUCGGCGAGAUCGUCGACCCGCUCUACCCCGGCGGCAGCUUCGACCCCCUGGGCCUUGCCGACGACCCCGAGGCGUUCGCGGAGCUCAAGGUGAAGGAGAUCAAGAACGGCCGCCUCGCCAUGUUCUCCAUGUUCGGCUUCUUCGUGCAGGCCAUCGUCACCGGCAAGGGCCCCCUCGAGAACCUCGCCGACCACCUCUCCGACCCCGUCAACAACAACGCCUGGGCCUUCGCCACCAACUUCGUGCCCGGCAAGUAAGCUGCUAGGUGUUGUGUCUGGAAACCGACCGUGCACGUGCGUACGUACGCGAUCAAGUGUGCGCAUGCAUGCAUGCAGCUGGGUUUCGUUUGUACUACAACCAUGCAUGAUGUAAAGUACGAAGGUUGAAUGCAAAAGACUGUUGUUAGA